AUGAUCACCUGCGCACGUUUCCCAUUGGCGAUGCUCGUUUGGCAGUCUCUGGCCUAUGCGAUCACAGUUUCUGCAGGGCGAGAAUCCGCUUGGAAUGGCUAUGUCCCUCCCUCUUCGGAUCGCGAUAUGCAAUUCACGCCAUACUAUGUUCCACCUGGAGCAAAGGCUUACGAUGCAAACUCGCCUUUACUGGAAUUCUCAGGAAGAUGGAUAACCUCGUACUCUCCCUCUUACGCGCAUCACACGUCUCGUUGGACGCCUCGAAUAGACGCCUAUGUUUUGUUCUCCUUCCAUGGGAAUGGCAUCGAAGGUUUCGGGACUACCAGCGAUACAAUCAGCUGUGCGAGGAUCUACAUCGACGGCGUCCUCCUGGAAACUAUCAAGCCCUGGAGCGAGAAAACUCUGGCCCAACAACGUAUUUUCUGGACUUUUGACCUUGCGCCGGACAAGCAUACCAUCAAAAUAAUCAACUGUGGCCCGUACCUGGAUAUAUCCGCCUUCGUUGUUACAAACUCAAAACGCUCUUCGAACCGAAAGUCCCCAGCGCAAGCGUCUCAGGUCGCCUCUUUGCCUCGCCGCGAUACAAGUGUUACCGCUGCCUGGCGAUUGACUCAGAAAGGUUCUACGGGUGUCGAGGCCAUGCAGAUCGCCAUUGUCUCUUAUGAGCACGCGAUAAUAAUUGAUAAAGUAGAGCACAACCCUUUGGCGAUCAACGGCCACCCAGCUUGGGCUGCUCUGUACAACCUAAAAACUCAUUCCGUCCGGCCACUCGCGAUGGAUUCCAAUUCGUUUUGCGCUGGUGGCUCGUAUCUAAGUAACGGAACUAUGAUCAACGUAGGCGGGAAUCCGGUCGUAGAGGAUCGCGUUGGAGCUGCAAGCUUUGGUGAUCUCAAUGGACUUCAAUCCAUACGGCUAUUUGGUCCCUGUAACUCUGGAUCUUCUGUCGACUGCGCCUUCUACGAAAACCACGAUACACUGCACAUGGCCUCUCCUAGAUGGUACAAUACCGUUACCCGCCUCACAGACGGUAGCGCGAUCAUUGUCGGUGGCUCUAAAAAGGGUGGCUGGAUCAAUAAUGCCACGGUGAACAACCCGACGGUUGAAUUCUACCCUCCGAAGAAUAUCCACGGUUAUCUUGGCCUUCCUAUCCCACUCCCAUUCCUUCAGCGUACUCUCAACUCCAAUCUGUUCCCAAUUGUGUUCUUGCUUCCAGACGGAACCCUAUUUAUUGCUGCGAAUCGAGAUGCGAUAAUCUAUGACUGGAAAACCAAUUCCGAGCGUGCUUUACCACAACUUCCGAACGGAGUCCGCGUCACGUACCCAAUGACGGGCGCGGGCCAGUUGUUGCCUCUGGAUCCUGAUACAAACUACGCGCCUGAAAUUCUGAUUUGCGGAGGGUCUACCAUCGAUGAUAGACUAGCUGGAUACGAACUCUCGGCCCUGACCGCCGCUUCUUCGCAAUGCUCUCGAAUGGUGCUCACGGAUGAGGGCAUAUCGAAGGGAUGGCAAGUCGAGCAUAUGCCUGAAGGUCGGGUUAUGCUAGACAUAGUAACACUACCUACUGGUCAGCUUCUUAUCGUCAACGGUGCAGGUAGCGGCAUCUCCGGGUACGGCAAUGUUCAACAUCAAGUGGGCCAGUCAAACGCUGCCAAUCCUCGGUUCACUCCUGUUCUUUACGAUCCACGCGCACCAAAGGGAGAACGCUUCUCGACGAAGGGUCUUCCAACCAGCGACAUUCCGCGUUUGUACCACAGCGUCGCAACGCUGACGCCUGAUGGUUCAGUCAUGAUUGCUGGCAGCAACCCAAAUCUCGAUCGCAGCGAGAUGAAAUAUGGAACCGAAUAUAGGGUAGAGUGGUUAAACCCUCCCUAUAUGGCCAAGGAGAGACCUACAAUAUCGCCUAAAUACACGAAGAACAUACACUACGGUCAAACAUUCGACCUCCACGUUAGCAUCCCCAACAACUUGGAUGCGGAUACUGUCAAAUUUGUCAUGAUGGACUUAGGAUUCAUAACCCAUUCUGUUCACGCCAACUCUCGGUUGGUAUAUCUCAAGCAUCAAUCAUCCAAGGCGAACAGUUUCGUAGUAUCUGGGCCCAAAGACGAGGGCCUUUAUCCGCCUGGUCCUGCCUGGCUCGCGGUUGUAGUGGAUGGCGUGCCCAGCCAACUGGUCGGAGUCAUGGUUGGGGACGGACACAGCCCUCCUGUUGACGAAGCUGCGAUAGCUAAUGUGCGCAAAACUGUUAAGGCCGCCCAAACGCCCAAGAGCAAUCAAGAUGACACCGCAGAGUAA